UGGGCGCAUGCGCGAAGGGAGAGGCGUGUGUCUGAAGGCAGCUGCCGCUUCUGGCCUUGGCUUUCUCUCAACCGACUAACGGGUGCCCGCGAUGCCGUUAGAAUUCGAAUUGUGUCCCGGGCGGCUGAUUGGCGGGGACCAGCCCUGCUUCAUCAUAGCUGAGAUCGGGCAGAAUCACCAGGGAGACCUCGAGAUCGCCAAGCGGAUGAUUCGCGUGGCCAAGGAGUGUGGAGCAGAUUGUGCCAAGUUCCAGAAGAGUGAACUGGAGCACAAGUUCAAUAAGAGAGCCCUGGAGAGGCCAUACACAUCCAAACACUCCUGGGGGGGAACCUACGGAGAGCACAAGCGCCACCUGGAGUUCAGCCAUGACCAGUACAAGGAGCUGCAGCGCUAUGCAAAGGAGAUCGGCAUUUUUUUCACAGCCUCCGGCAUGGAUGAGAUGGCUGUGGAAUUUCUGCAUGAACUGGAUGUUCCAUUUUUUAAAGUAGGAUCAGGAGACACAAACAAUUUCCCCUACUUGGAGAAGACGGCAAAAAAAGGUCGCCCAAUGGUUAUUUCUAGUGGGAUGCAGUCAAUGAACACAAUGCAACACGUCUACCAGCUGGUGAAACCCCUCAACCCGAAUUUCUGUUUCCUCCAGUGCACCAGUGCGUACCCUCUUCAGCCCAAAGACGUCAACCUUCGGGUCAUAGCGGCAUACAGAUCAGCAUUCCCAGAUAUUCCUGUUGGCUAUUCUGGUCAUGAGACUGGCAUAGCCAUUUCUGUCGCAGCAGUUGCUAUGGGGGCCAAAGUACUGGAGCGCCACAUCACACUGGACAAGACCUGGAAAGGAAGUGACCAUCAGGCAUCCCUGGAGCCAAAUGAGUUGGCAGAAUUGGUGAGAAGUAUCCGUAUAGUGGAGAAGGCCAUGGGGUCUCCCAUCAAGCAGCUCUUGCCCUGCGAAGUGGCAUGUAAUGAAAAGUUGGGAAAGUCUGUUGUUGCCAAAGUGAGGAUCCCUGAAGGCACCACGUUAACUUUGGACAUGCUCACAGUCAAGGUGGGGGAGCCCAAAGGAUAUCCCCCAGAAGACAUCUUUGACUUGGUGGGCAAGAAGGUCAAGAUCAGCAUCGAUGAAGACGAAACUGUCACCGAAGAUGCAAUUGAAGAUCAUGUGAAAAAAAAAGAGCGACCGAUCGACACAAGAGUUCACUUUCAGCAAGAUACCUGGCUCCUUCUUCAAUGUGGUGUCAAGGCUGCUGAAAACAUCUUCACAAAUAAACAAAAAGGAAGGCUGUUCAGACAACGUCUUUUUGCGAAGCAGGCUAUUCAAGAAGAAUAUCAAUUCAAUUUAAAUCUUCACUGAGAACGGGGUGCUUUUUGUUACGUAUUGGAAUGUGAAAUAUCAAGAUAAUAUACAACCUUUUGUAUAUUUCCAGUGUUUGAUGGAAUUCAUUAAUGUGUAUUACUGUUAUUAUUAUUUCAAUGUUUAUACUGCUCUUCAGUUAAGAUCUCGAAGCAGUUCACAACAAUUACA